CCUCGGGGAGGUAGUAUCGUGGAAUCCUUGUCCUUCCACUCUAAAUUCUUAUGCGAAUGACUGGCGCGACAAAACAGAGGCAAGCGUCCCGCUGACUGACCUCUGGCAUUGCUCAUCACAUCGUAUCGACGAUAGCAUUGAGUUGCCUCUGACAGACGGUGAUACACAAUUGCAGUAUCUGGGGAAGAUGCCAAUGUCUUGCGAGGAGUACCGCAAACCCUUUCCCAACGUCAUGACCUCCUACAGGCCAAGCGAUGUGCGCGAUAUACCCCUAGCUAGGCAAAGAUUCUUCUCCAAUGUUGCUACUUUGUACCCUGUCAUAUGUGAAAACACUCUGCGCAUCGCUGCAGACGCGGUCGAGGCAGAGGGAUUCCAAGACAACAUGCGCUCAUGCCUUUUGCUCCUUGUGAUUGCUACGAUCAAGGCUUUCAUGUACGUAGGGUUCACGGAAAGUGGCCUCGCAGAUUUUCAGCGCGCAAUGCAGGUACGCAGCCGGAUCAGUGCCCAGCUAAGUCUGCAAUAUGUCCAUGUACUGGUAUUCUCUGCCAUCUUUUUGCUGCAGAAGAGUCGCCUACUUGACUUCGCCACUGCGCUUCAUAGUGCUUGUACUAUGCUCCAGAGUGUCAUCAAACGGGACCAGAUCACAGAAAUCCAGCGGCCAAGGAAUGAAAGGAACAACUUAAGGUUGUUAUUCUGGAUCUGUCACAACCUUGAACGAGAUCUGAUGUACGAGAUCGACAAUACCCUUCCACGGAGUACAUUGGCUCUGUUUGAGGAGUUCUUUCCGCUACCUUUACCUUGCGACGAAGCCAACAACAAGGACAGGCCGCCACACAUAAACACCCAGUUUGUCUUCUUCUUGGCUGAAAUGUCAUUGCGUGCUAUAUUGGAGAGCAUUUUGACAACCGACAAGCUGGAAGGUUUUAUGAGACACAGCGCUGACCCGGCUCAAAAGGCAUGUAGCAUGACAUUCUCCGUCUCUCCCAUAACACAGGAGUUACGGUCGCAACUUGAUGCCUGGAUACUUCGCCUUCCGGCAAGUCUAAGCUGGUCAGUCGAGCCAGGCGGUGGCGUGCUGUCCGCGCAGAGCACACGCCUGAAGCUCUUAUAUUGGUAUGCCCGGUUUUCGCUCCACCGCCCAAUGAUGCAGCAUACACUCGACGACGAACUAUUACAGCUACCUCUUCUACUCUGGGAGCCCUUUCGGGAAGGAGUUCUUCCUGCGCUCAACUUGAUAAAAGUAUUCAUUGCCGAGAAGCCCCACAUCGACAUAUUCAUGGCCGCUAGGUAUGCAGAUCACAUAAAAGGCACCGUUGUCGACAGUCUAGAGACACUAGUUGACGAUUUAUAG